AAGUUUUCUUGGAAAAAAGUAAUUUAAAAAAAUACAAAAUGAAAUUGUCAGUAGUUUUGUUGGUUGUUGUUUGCGUGGCUUUGGCUUCAGCAGCAAAUUCUGGACCUGGUAAAAAAGAAAGAAAAGCUUCUAAACCCUUCAGUAGGAAGGCACCAGGACAACAGACUCGUUCUGCUACUAAUUAUCUUGAUGCAGAUUACAUCAAGAAAACCAUCGACAAUGGAGCAGAGACCUUAAACAAAGCUGUAUCCUUAAUCGAACCUUUAGUUCGUGAUGGUUUCAGCCUUGGACACGACAUCGCAAUUCGACUUCUUCAGGAUGGUCCUUCAAAUCGUGCUUCAGACACCCAACUUUUCCAACGUUUCGACAAACUGAAAAGUGGAGCUGUCAAGGCUUAUGAAACUCUAUUGGCUAAACUUAUGUAGAAGUCUUUGGAAAACAUUCGAAGAAUAUGAUCAAGAAUAAUUUUAUAAAUUAGCACGCAGCAACUUCCGCAAC